CUGUGGGAAGGAAAACUACAGCUCCCAGCAGGCAGCCUGGAGCCAGGGAAGGGCAGAGUUCGCGGUCACGUUUCCAGCGGAGGAUUCAGGGUGUGCGCUGGUGUCCUGCCGCCGAAGGGCCUCUGGGACGGAGGGCAAGGGGAAAGGCCAGCGCUGGCCUCCUCUUUGCCACCCCUUUGCUCUGAUCGCCGCCCUGACCGGCCCCGAAGCUGCCUGGGUUCGUGGGCGUGUAGUUGGGAUUGGCCGGAGCAGGACGGGAUGGUGGCUGUGAGAGGGGCAGGACUUGGUCACCCUCUCGAGCAGCAGGGAGAUCCAGCUCCCUACGAACAUCGGAGAAAGUGAAACCAAACCGUGCAGGAGCCAGAGCUCCAGGGGAAAAGGAAAAUGGAAGAGAAUCCGAGCGUGGAUCUGCCUGGAGCUAGACCAGCCCAGGGUGAGGUGGGGAGCACAGCAGAGUGUCCUGUGCACCAAGAGGACACCCAGGAACCACCUGGGCACCAAGUGACAAGCAGGUGGCUUGAGGUACCCUGCAAACCAGAGGAGGACUCUUCAGUGUGUGAAUCAGCUGCUGAUGGGGGAGAGACAACACUGUUGGGUUCAGCUGGUUCCACACUAGAGGAGAAACCUGCCCAGGAAACUGAAGAAUUGCCAGAAGAGUCUGACAAGACAAGAGAAGGUGUCUCAGAAAGACCCCUGGAAAAGGAGGACUUGGAUCAAGCUGGACUGGGCCAUGAGAAUGAAGGAGACAGCCCUGUCCACCAGGAAACAUGGGAGCACCAGGGGACAGCUGGGCAGUGUGAAAGCCUCAGCAAGGCAGAGGAAGAUGCCUUGUCAACAAGCAAGACACAGAGCUCUGACAGUGAAAUGACACAUUUGGAUGUGACUGGUGUGGAAGAUGUCCCCAGUGGCUUCUUGGCAGAGAAGAGCAGCAGUGCCACUCUCCCAGACUGGAAGCCAGAGGCACCCAGAGAGCAAGAAACACAGGAGAGAGGGUCCCAAGGCACAUUAAGGAAAAGACCAAAAGGGGAGACAGCCCCAAACCCAGAGACUCAGUCUUCCCUGCAGAACAUCACCACCCAAAACACAGAGCAGGAGAAGGCCAAAAAGUCCCUCCCGUGGAAAGGUGAGGAAAAGAAGCUUCCCUUGCAUGUUACUCAUCGACCAGAAGGCACUGAUCCUCCAAGAGCAAGGCUUUUCAUCGUGGGCCUCACGGUGCUCGGCUUCUGCAUAUUCUGCUUCGGCAGCCCCACCUCCAGCUCGCAGCAGCCCCGCAGGAACCCCACGGUGGAGGCGUUCCUGUCGCAGUUCGAGCAGCUGCAGCGCAGCUUUCCGGGCCAGAGCCCCGAGCUGUGGCUCCGCGGGCGCCGGUUCCUGCGGAAGCACCUGAACGCGUCGCGGCCCGCGCAGCCGGCCACGCUCAUCCUCACGGCCGCCCGCCGCGGCCAGCGGACCCUGCGCUGCCUCAGCGCCCGCCUGGCCGACUGCUACUCGGCCGCCCUGCACGGCAGCACGGUGCACAUCGACGGCGGCGACAAAGCCGGGCUCCACAGCGACCGGGCCAAGCUGGAGCUGGACUCGGAGCUGAGCACGGCCUUCCGGGCCGGGGGCCGCGCCGCCGUCAUCCACCGCUUCGAGCUGCUGCCCGCGGCGGCCACGCUCAUCUUCUACAAGUACUGCGACCACGAGAGCGCCGCCUUCAAGGACGUGGCCCUGCUGCUGACGGUGCUGCUGGAGGAGGACGCGCUGGAGAGCCGCGUCAGCCUCCAGCAGGUGGAGGAGAGGGUCCGAGACUUCCUCUGGGCCAAGUUCAUCAGCAGCAGCACCCCCAGCUCCUACAACCACAUGGACUCGGACAAGCUGAGCGGGCUGUGGAGCCGCAUCUCCCACCUUGUGCUGCCCGUACACCCCGUGCAGAGCAUCGAGGAGGAGGGCUGCCGUGCCAAACCCUAGGGACAAAGGUGGCCAGAGCCCCCAGAAGGCCCUGGCUGGCCAUGGUACAGGCAAAGGCACAACCGGUGUUACUUCUCUUCAGUUUGUUUCUUGUAGGUCCCUGGGAAGAGUUUGGCAGGUACAGCUUGAUCCAGGCAGCUGAGUCCUGGGGGUGAUACACCAGCUUGUUUCUAUCAGAUGGGAACAGAGGGGAAUUUUGGAGUUCCACAGGAGAACAUCAAUGUGUGGGGAGGCAGGAGGGAAAACAGGACCUUGCAGGUAGUGUUUCUAUCAAGAAUUAGAUAAAUAGUGUUCACAACUAGUACAACAGAAAGAUGCUGUGAUUCAGCAGCUCUUUCAUCUCUCCCUGCUCCUCAGCUUGCUAAAAUUGUGUACAUCAGUCUCUCAAUAUACUUUAUCCAGGGAGCUGCUAGAAUACAAAAAGGUCGAAUUCCUCAAAGCCAAACAUUUUGAAGGCAUGCUUCAAAAGGAACAGCAGUUUGCCAGGCAGCCCCAGUACAGUCCCACUUGCACAGCCUGACUGACAUCAGGCAAAGCCUUCAAACAAACCUGCAACUCAGAGAUCCCCUAAACAUCAAUUAAAAGAAAUUUCAGGGGUUGUAAGCACUUGAACACUACCCUAAUGGCAGGGAUCCCAUGAGAGGACCCCACGUGCCAGAGAACAAGCCCCAGAACCAGAGAGCAGUGAAACAGUUGCUGUCACUCAGAUAGUGUGAAGCCUCAAGGGAUUACACAGCUAAACAAAUGAAUAAUACCAUCUAAUUUAAUGCUACCUCUCUCUAAAACAAGUCCACUCAAUCCCUUUGCCACACAAAGGCUGUGACUCUCUCCUCAUGCCAAUGCUUUGGUCCCACACUACAGAUUGUUCUUCACCUGGAUCUCUGAUCUGUGUGCAGGGCUGGAAACCUGUCUGCCAGCCUCUCCCCAGGUGACUUGUAUUGAUGAAUGUAGAUGUUAACCUUGAUAUUUCAAACCAUGUAGGGUAGCACACCAGGACCUUGCUCUCCAAGGGUACAUUUACCUCCCUGCUAGGCAGAUGGAAGUCUGGUAUCUGCCAAAGCAAGUAGAAGCAGACUGGGUUAGCUGGUAAAGACAAAAUCUCUGCCAUUAACACUAAAAAUCCUUGACACAGCAGGUGAGUUUCUUUCCAUGCCUCCUUUUCUGCAUCCUAGGAAGGGAAAUCCAAGUCCUGGGAACACUGUGGUUCCUCUGCACUGUGUUUUUGCAGGUGCUGGGGGGCAGAGCAGCCAACUCAGGGACACCUGGAGGGCAGGUGCAGGUUACAGCAUUUAUUAUAACCUAAGGGCAGCCUCAAGUGCCUGUGCACAAGGAGCAGCUGUAGCAGAGCCAGGCUCUGUAUCCAAGCAAGAACAAAUCCACCACAAGGGAUUUUAGCAGCUGCACAUCAGGUUGCUCCUUACAGCAACUGGACCCUGGUGUUGGAUGGGUCUCCUGCCAACAGUGCCUUGCUCAUCUGCCCCACCAAGGGCACAGGGAGGUGCAGCCCUGCACCCUAAAAACCACAGCCUGUCUCUUUCUCCCUGCAGUGUGCCUUGACCUGUCUCAGGAGAGUAGUGGCCCCCAAUUUAGGGGAGGGGACAAAAGGAAGGAAGAGGGAGGAUUAUUUGUUCAUGUUCUGACCAAAGAAUAUGAAUCUUUGGUUGGUUGGGGACAUGAAGACAAGGCCACUGGGGUUUUAACUGUGAUAAACACUGGGCUAAAUGUGAGAACUACCUGCUGGAGCCCAGGGUAUGGUUUGAUACAGGAUAUACAUGCUGCUUCCUCCUCUCCCCCUUUUCUAUUGCUGUACACUACUUUGGUGAGAGAAAACACUGUAUCCUGCUCAGCAGGGUUAAGUGUGGGUGUUGAUAUAAGAAUCAGCAGAGCAUUAAUCAUGCUAUGCCAAUAUUUUGAUGAAAAUCUGUAUUUUAAUGUUGUCUUUGUUUUACAUACUGUAUUUGCAAUGUAUAGCCCAGGUAUGCAAAGGCAACUCCCCAUUGCUGAAAGUGUCACUGACCUGAGUUCUUCCAAUACAGGGAUAUUUUUAUGGCCUUUCAAAGACAAAUAUCUGCUUGCUUCUGCAACAGGACUUCUGUUUAAAAAUAAAUGGUGAGAUUGUGAAAGAAGCCAGCAAAUUGA